CCUCGGCGGGCCUGGCAGCGGUGCUGGGCAUGCUCAGUGGGCAGGACCCGUUAGAGUGGCGAGUAAGGAAGCGUUGGCUCUUCUCCGGGUCUGCCUUCCCCGGUUCAGGCCCCGGCCCUGGGCUUUUGUGUGCGCGGAGCUGCAGCCACCGCUGCCUCCUCGCGGGGCUGCCCGACCCCAGAUGCCGUCCGGCCUGUCCGCUUUCCGCUGUUAACCUCGCCGAGCGGCCGGGAGGAGGAGCGGGGCGGGGCCGGCGGCGGGCGGCCGGGCUGGAGGGCCCUGCCAGGGGUGGGGGCGGCACAGGCACCAAGAUGUCCAACCGAGUGGUCUGCCGGGAAGCCAGUCACGCCGGGAGCUGGUACACAGCCUCAGGACCGCAGCUGAAUGCACAGCUAGAAGGUUGGCUUUCACAAGUACAGUCUACAAAAAGACCUGCUAGAGCCAUUAUUGCACCCCAUGCAGGAUAUACGUACUGUGGGUCUUGUGCUGCCCAUGCUUAUAAACAAGUGGAUCCGUCUAUUACCCGGAGAAUUUUCAUCCUUGGGCCUUCUCAUCAUGUGCCCCUCUCUCGAUGUGCACUUUCCAGUGUGGAUAUAUAUAGGACACCCCUGUAUGACCUUCGUAUUGACCAAAAGAUUUACGGAGAACUAUGGAAGACAGGAAUGUUUGAACGCAUGUCUCUGCAGACAGAUGAAGAUGAACACAGUAUUGAAAUGCAUUUGCCUUAUACAGCUAAAGCCAUGGAAAGCCAUAAGGAUGAGUUUACCAUUAUUCCUGUACUGGUUGGAGCUCUGAGUGAGUCAAAAGAACAGGAAUUCGGAAAACUCUUCAGUAAAUAUCUAGCGGAUCCUAGUAAUCUCUUUGUGGUUUCUUCUGAUUUCUGCCAUUGGGGUCAAAGGUUCCGUUACAGUUACUAUGAUGAAUCCCAGGGGGAGAUUUAUAGAUCCAUUGAACAUCUAGAUAAAAUGGGUAUGAGUAUCAUAGAACAAUUAGACCCUGUAUCUUUUAGCAAUUACUUGAAGAAAUACCAUAAUACUAUAUGUGGAAGACAUCCCAUUGGGGUGUUAUUAAAUGCUAUCACAGAGCUCCAGAAGAAUGGAAUGAAUAUGAGCUUUUCCUUUUUGAAUUAUGCCCAGUCAAGCCAGUGUAGAAACUGGCAAGACAGUUCAGUGAGUUAUGCAGCUGGAGCACUCACGGUCCACUGAAGCUCUGAAUCCUCAGGGAUGCCACCUGCACAUUCUCAUACUCUGUCGGGGGUCCCAGCCUAGCCUUUACCAAGAUACUGGUCCGGGUUUGGGGGGAUUCUGAAACCUCAAACUAAUAGAACUUUCUUCUCUUUUUUUCCAGUAGGUGUAGUCCUUCCUUAAUUUCAACUCAUUUAAAAAUGCUUUAUAGUUUAGGGCAGUGUAAGGAAGGCUGGCAUCAAAGUAUUUUGAUCAAAAAAGAUGACAAUGUAAAGGCUCAGUUGUGACAGACAGUUUUUUGAAAGUAACUUGUAAAGCAUUUACCAUAUCCUAAAUUUGCACUCUUUGCAGACUUGUGCACAUAUAUUCCGCUUUCAGAAUAGUUUUGCAAAUUGUACACAAACAAACAAAAAAGGUGGAAGCUUUUUAAUAAAGAAAUUGCAUUUAUAAAUGAUCUGUAUUAGAAUAUAAUAAAUCUCCAGUUAUAGUCAAUUACUACCCAUGUUGUACAACAGAUACCUUCUAUUUUAGUUGCUAAUAAAGGGCUACACAACUCAAAAUAGUCUGAUUUAAACUUAUUGCUCUGUGGUAUAUAUGAAAAUUGUUUUUUAUUAAUUCCAUCUCAGAAUUUUUGUUUAAAAUGGUAAACCUCAGCUCUAUGUAAAAAUAUAUUAGGAUGUAUUUUAUAUUUUAUAUAUUUAUAUGAUUUUUUUAAAAUCAGAAAUUAGAAUCAUAUAAUCUUAAAGUUAACUUUUUAAAUUACAUGCAGUUUGCCUAUUUGUGUGUGACAUCCCUUUGUGUCAUUACUGUAUUGUAACAAUAUAUAUUCAAGAUUGGUAAAAGAACUUAGAUGUAAUCCUUGACUUCAAAGAUCACGUUUGAUAGUCUGCAAAUGAGGAAACAUUGAAGAGUGUUCUUAAGUGUUUUUCAUAUCAUUGCAGACCAUACACUGCUGUGUGCUUUUUUAGUGCUUUAAGCAGUUUGACUCUUUUACUUGAAUUUUUAGCAAGAGAUCAUUAACGUCAUCAAUAAGUCACUGGAUUUUCUUAUAGUUACACAAUUUUUUUGUCAUGAUUUUUGGUGCGGCUCUUCCAACUAAAAUAAUGGUAUGGUGUUGUAUUUGUUUCUUUAGCGUAGACCGGUCUAGUCACUUUGGCCCAAAAAAAAAGAUAUAAUUCAGUUAAUAAUUCAGUCACCAUGUAUGUACUGCAUUAUACUUAUUUUAACUUAACACUGAGUGUCUACAUUAUAUUGGUGAGAGUGUUUAUAUCUUCAGUGUUAUGCCCGAGUAGCACAAUUUUUAGAUGCCUUGCACCAAUUUUAUUUAAAGAUUUAUGUUUUUUAUUUAUUAAAUAUCAACUUUCUAUACUUGAGUGAGAUAAAAUAAUGUUACCCUUUUAGAUUCAAAGUCAUCUACCUAUGUAUGUGUGGAAAUUAUACUUUUACCCAUUAGUGAUUUAUUUUCCAUACUUUAGAUACACUUUUGAGUACAUUAAUAUUUAUUUCCUGUUUAAUAUGAACUAUAAAAAUUUUAAAAUUGACAACAGUGAAUUUUUAAAAUGUUUUCUGAGUAUAAGACUAAUACGUGAUUAUUAUAGACAAUUUGAAAAAUACUGAAAAGUUAUAAAAAAGAGAAAAAAUUAUCUGCAGUCUCACGACCCAGAGAUAACCCUGUCAAUAUUUUUCUGUAUUUCUUUUCAGUCGUUGUCUAUGCUAUUUCUAUGUAUGAGUGUGUGUACAUGUGUUUGUGUGUGUGUGUAAUAACAAACUUGAGAUUAUACUGACCAUAUAGUUAUGUACCCUGUUUUUUAUAACCUUACUUCGUAAAUAUUUACCCAUGUCUUUGAAAAUGCGACUUUUAAAAGUGGCUGUCUAGUAUUCUAUUGUAUGAAUAUGCCAUAAUUUAAUUACUUCUCUCUUUGGAUAUUAGGUUGUUCUAAUCUUUCACCAUUAUAAAUAAUAGUGGGGGAGACAUCCUUGUUUGUAAAAUUUGAUCUCUAUAUUAGACUCUUUCUUUAGGAUAUACUCAUGUAAAUGGAAUAAGUGGUUCAGGUUGUGAGAACUUUUUAGGCUCUUUAUAAUAUUUCCAACCUUCAGAACGAUUGUGCUAAACUAACAGUGUAUGAGCACCCGUCCUACUGCCCCUUCACCAAUAUCAGUUUUUUGACUCUUUGACAAUUUGUUAGCAUAAUAACAUAAUCAAUUGUUUAUUUGAUCAUUCUAAUAAGAGCUGCUUUACAAGUAAUCAUUUUUGUCUUUCUAUAAUUUUAUGGUUGAUUUUUAAAAAGACAAGAGGGUUGCCUAAGUUGGGUGGAUUGUCGUACAAAUAUGUUUCUAGCACUUAUAAAACCCUAGAAGCUGGACAUGGUGGUAUGCAUCUGUAAUCCCAGCUACUUGGAGUGCUGAGGCAGGAGGAUCACUUGAACCCAGCAGCUUGAGACCAGCCUGGGCAAUGUAGUAAGCCUCAAAAAACCCUCUAAACAAACAAACAGACCUGCAGAAUAUUUUGAUAUCACUCUACCCUUUCCUAGAACAUGAACAUACCUGGUCAUGAAGUAGAAAAAUUUCCAAACUGGUGGUUGAGUGUUGGGUUCUAGUUCUGUUUCUGCCACUGAGUAGUUCUCUGAACUUAAGUGUUCCAUGUCAUAUAGAAACUUUCUCAUUUGUAAAAUGUGGAGGGGAUCUCUUAAGUGCUCUCUAGUUUCAAAGCACUUUGAUAUUGUGACUUUGUUUUUUAGAAGUUCUAGUGUCAUUUAUUUUUAAUAGCUACAUGAAUAAUGUAGAUUAGAGAGAUUAUCUUUUGAUUUCAACUUCACAUACAUGGAAAUGAAAGUCUUGUUAUUUAACAUAAAAGGAAAUUAGUUUGCAUUAUUUAAUGCAGUUAAUAUUACCUAAAAUGUUGAACUUAAGCUUUUCUACUUUAAGUGCCUUUAAAAGUUUUGUAUUUGGAAUCUAAAAUAUAAAGGAAAUUCUUAUGUA